UUUGCCUCAGUCGAUCCGGCGCUGCCUCUUUCCCUGCCCUAACUCUUCCUCUUAAAUCUGAAAUCGUCGCCGCCGUGGUUCCGAAAUCUCAGGCGACGUUGUCGCCCCAAAGCCGACGUUGCUCUGCCUGAAAACGCCGCCACCGCCGCGCACAGAGUCGCUGCUGCUAUCUCUCAGAUUUAGGGGAGGCCGCUCAAAAUUGAGCCUUAAUUCUCCCCCUUCCAGAUCGAGCCUUAGCUCUUCUCCUGCCGAUUCAGUUCGGCCGUUGCCGCCGCGUGUGGAAUACCUGCGAAUCGGCGUCCUCCAUCUCUCUACACACGAAGUCCUCCAUGAGCAGCUAUAUCCACCCCACAACUCUUGCUGACAAUCUUUUGAACAUUCUUGGUCCGAGGUUUCUUGGCCCUCUUGCUAUUUUGAGGAUAUGGAGUUUCUGUUUGUUCUAUGUCAUGGCUGAGCUUUGGGGUAGUGUGGUUGUAUCAGUUCUAUUUUGGGGAUUUGCUAAUCAGAUUACCACUGUUGAUGAAGCCAAGAAAUUCUAUCCCCUGUUUGGGCUCGGAGCAAAUGUGGUGCUCAUCUUCUCUGGUCGAACUGUGAAAUACUUCUCUAAACUGAGAGAAAACCUCGGUCCUGGUGUUGAUGGUUGGGCCGUCUCCCUAAAGGGAAUGAUGAGUAUCGUGGUGCUGAUGGGACUAGUGAUUUGUUUCCUCUAUUGGUGGGUGAAUCAUAAUGUUCCUCUAUUGAAUUUUGAGCAGAACUUCCUCAGUUUGAAGGCGGCAAUGAGAUACUAUCACUGGCCGCACCGCCUGCUCGUCGAAGCUCGAGACAGCGGCGGCGGCAGUUACAGCAAAGCGGUGAGCUUCGACAUGAACAUGGUGAGUUUGUGGAUGGAGACAAGAUGA